GGUCGAGUGAGUCCCGCCCCCGCUACCAGCUGCUUCUCUUCUCCUUCUCUUCUCUCUCUCUCUCUCUCUCUCUCUCUCUCUCUCUCUCUAUCCGUCGUCAGUUGACGCUCACUCUCCACCAUUGACGAAUCUCCCGCCCAUAUAAUUCUUUAUAAAUUUUAAAGCAUUUGAUUAGCACUAACCUCGGGGGCAUCGAACUCGCCGCCGCCGGAGCCCCAUGUCCACUCUUUCGCCGGGGUCCUCCCUGGAGCCCACCUCGCCUCUAGCUCUCCCCGCUCCCUCACCCCUGGGGUCCUACACCUCGCCUCCAGCUGCACUCGCUCCCUCCUCGCCUCCUCCUCCUCCCCCGGAUGCUCCGGCGCCGUCUCCGGUGCCAGCGACGCCUUCCAGCGACCCCAACUCCACCGUCCCUCCUCCGCCUCCCCAGCUUCCCCCGCUUCCGGGCAGGGGGCUGCCACCCGCGACGCUGGCGGGGCUGAUAAUUGGGAUAGUGAUUGGCGUGCUGUUCGUGCUGGUAGGGGUUGGUUGCUACAGGAGGAAGAAGAGGAAGAGGCGGCAGUACGGCCUGGAGAACCACCCUGGAGCCGGAGGUCCUCCGCAGGGGCUUAAGGCCACCCCUCCUUCGGGAUUCUCACCCUCUUCCCAAUCAGAGUCAUCAGUUCAAGCUCCAAUGCUUUCAAUGGCACCUUCUUCAAGCUUUCCGUUAGGGUUCUCCCAAAGCGCAUUCACGUACGAGGAAUUAGCAGGUGCAACAGAUGGCUUCUCCAAUGCGAACUUGCUUGGUCAGGGAGGAUAUGGUUAUGUUCACAAGGGAGUCCUCACAACUGGGAAGGUGGUCGCAGUGAAGCAGUUGAAGGCCGGAAGUGGGCAGGGAGAGAGAGAGUUCCGAGCAGAGGUCGAGAUCAUCAGUAGAAUUCAUCACAGGCAUCUAGUUUCACUGGUCGGAUAUUGCAUUUCGGGUGAACAGAGGAUGCUCGUGUACGAGUUUGUUCCUAAUAACACAUUGGAGUUUCACUUACAUGGAAAGGACAGACCGACUAUGAGCUGGCCUAUAAGAAUGAGAAUCGCUCUAGGCUCCGCGAAGGGACUGGCCUAUCUACAUGAGGACUGUCAGCCCAAGGUCAUUCAUCGUGAUAUAAAGGCGGCUAACAUUCUUCUCGAUUUUAGCUUUGAGGCAAAGGUUGCAGAUUUCGGACUUGCAAAGUUUUCUGAAGACACAGAGACUCACAUCUCUACACGUGUCAUGGGAACUUUCGGUUACAUGGCUCCUGAAUACGCUUCAAGUGGGAAGCUCACUGAGAAAUCAGAUGUCUUCUCCUUUGGAGUUGUCCUCCUUGAGUUAAUCACUGGUCGCCGACCAAUCGACAAAGCUCGACCUUUUGCUGAUGACAGCAUGUUUGAUUGGGCCAGGCCUCUACUUGCAAAAGCCUUGGAAGAUAAUGACUUCGAGGCUCUUGCUGAUCCAAGGUUGGAGAAGAACUACGAUUCCAGUGAAAUGGCUCGAAUGAUAGCCUGUGCAGCUGCCUCUAUCCGCCACUCUGCACGUCACAGACCCAAAAUGAGCCAAAUAGUUAGAGCUUUGGAAGGGAACCUUGCUCUUCACGACCUAAAUGAUGGGGUCCAACCGGGCCAUAGCAGGGCCUACAGUCCCUUUGGGAGAUCGGACUACAGUAGUGGACAGUACCAGGAGGAUCUGAAGAUGUUCAGGAAGAUGGCUCUGGAGGGCCGAGAGAUAACUACCAGCGAGUACAGUGCGAGUGGACCCACCAGCGAAUCCGGUGCCCAACCUUCCCAUUCGAGCAGUGAGACUCCACGAAGCGCUGAAGAGACUGAAUCAGGAAAUUAAAAGGAAGAAGAUGCUCAGAUGAUUACUGAGAGCUCUUGAGAUAAAGCGUAAUGGACUCUUGGUGGUUUUACCCUGUAGAUUUAGUUGUAAAGAAAGUAGGAUUUAGUCUUGAUUCGUAAUCCUCAGAUGCUUUAUUUACUGAUGAUAGGAAAAGAAAUCCAGUCGAACCAAGGAUCUUUUCCGGACGUCAAAUACUGAAACCGGUCAUUCAUGUAACCGUUUCUUGGGACAAUGUCCCGUUUGAGCUGAGUCGAACUUCAAAGAUUAGGAAUUGAGGUGGGAUAUGAGUAGAACUUAAGGGAGUGUUUGGUUUGGUUUGUGAAUUGGAUUUUGAUUUUAAUUAGUUGAUUUUGAUUUUAAUUGGAUUGUAAUGAUUGUAUUGUUGAAUUAUGAGAAAAAAGUGUGAAAAAGUAAUGAAUA